AUGGAGAUGAAAAAUGUUGUCAUGGAAAGGCAAGCAAUCAAGGACUUAUAUCUAAGGUCAGAAUUCACAGAGAUAGAAGUUAAAUCACCACUGUGGGGUGAAGUCUCAGCAAAUCAACUUCUCGGAACCCUUCCGCCCGUCUUAGGCCUCCUUCUUCCUAACCUCCGGUACUUAUAUGUGUCAAGAAACUGGUUUACCGGACCCGUUCCGGUUUCGCUAGCAAAUGCUUCUUUCUUUGAAGAGAUCUAUCUCACCAACAACAAUUUUACUGGCGGAGUUCCUAUGAAUGUUGGGACUCUUCGAUAUCUUCGUAUAUUCACUAUUGGUGGUAACCGACUUGGAACAGGGGAAGAAGAUGAGUUGAAAUUCAUCUAUUCGCUUCCCAACUGUAGCUACUUGGAAAAAUUUGGAUUUCAUAACAACAGUUUCCAAGGCUUGCCGCCCAGUUCCAUAGCCAAUCUGUCGACCCGACUCAAUUGGCUGGCGAUUGGAUUCAACCAUUUGUAUGGAAGCAUUCCUCCGGGGAUUGGGAAUCUCGUCAGCUUGAACCAAUUGAAUCUGGAUCAUAACAAUUUCACAGGUACCAUUCCUAUCAGUAUAGGGAAGCUUCAAAAGCUGCAAUUUUUAGACUGGUCGGUGAAUAGAUUUUCUGGGCGAAUUCCAUCUUCCUUUGGCAACCUCACUGAAUUGAAUGAGUUUUACCUGCAAGAAAACAGCCUAUUGGGAAACAUACCUCGUAGUCUUGGAAAUUGCCAAAAACUGAGAGUUUUGAACCUUUCCCAAAAUAACCUCAAUGGUACAAUACCCAAACAGCUCGUUAGCCUCACUUCUCUGUUAAUAUCUCUCAACUUAGCUAGAAACUCUUUGAUUGGGUCCUUACCCGGGGAAGUGGGUAGCUUGAAAAAUCUUGAAGAACUAGAUGUUUCCGAGAACGAACUGUCGGGGGAAAUUCCUGAAACGCUAAGCGGUUGCCAGAGCUUGGAACGGUUGUAG